AUGUCGUCCCCGCAGCAUGCCCCUCCCGAGGAGUCAGAGGCAGGGGACGGGGCGGUGGAGGACGGGGAGGCCGAGGUGUUCGUGUCGGAGAGUCACUGUUCGGAGCUGGCCUGGCGGCAGAACGAGCAGAGGAAACAAGGCCUGUUCUGUGACAUGACUCUGGUGUUCGGGGGAGGAGGCCGGGAGUUCCCUGCUCACCGCUCCGUGCUGGCCGCCGCCACCGACUACUUCGCCCCGCUGCUGUCCGGACAGUUCGAGGAGUCGCGCUCCGGGCGGGUGGAGAUGAAGUGGAGCUCGGAGCCCGGACCGGACCUGGAGACAGUGGAGGCGGUGAUCCAGUACAUGUAUACCGGUCAGAUCCGGGUGUGUACCGGCAACGUACAUGAGGUGCUGGAGCUGUCCGACAGGUUUUUGUUGCUUCGCCUGAAGGAGUUCUGUGGAGAGUUUCUGAAGAAGAAGCUGAACCUCUCAAACUGUGUUGCCAUUCAUAGUUUGGCUCAUAUGUAUACACUCAACCAGCUAGCUUUAAAAUCUGCUGACAUGAUCCGCAGAAACUUCUACAAGGUAAUCGAAGACGAUGAAUUCUAUACACUCCCAUUCCAUCUUGUAAGAGACUGGCUUUCAGAUCCAGAGAUCACAGUAGAUUCUGAAGAGAUACUUUUUGAAGCAAUCCUAAAAUGGAUUCAGAAAAACACGAAUGAAAGAGAAAAAUAUUUUGAGGAAUUGUUUAAGCUUCUUCGACUGUCCCAGAUGAAGCCGACUUACCUAACCCGACAUGUGAAAGCGGAGAGAUUGGUGGCAACAAAUGAAGCCUGUUUACAGUUGGUGGCUGAGGCAGUGGAAGGUCAUGCUUUGCGAUCAGAGAACCUCCAAGCCGGAAAUCAGUCAUUGGCCACCCAUAUGACAUCAUUGCCACGCUUUGGCCAAAAUAUGGAUGUAAUAAUGGUGAUUGGAGGGGUUUCGGAAGGUGGUGACUAUUUAAGUGAAUGUGUUGGAUAUUUUAUUCAUGAAGAUCGAUGGGUAAAUUUGCCUCACAUCCACAAUCACCUUGAUGGCCAUGCAGUUAUGGCUACAGACACUCAUGUCUAUGUGGCUGGCUCAAUGGAACCUGGGUUUGCCAAGACUGUUGAGCGAUAUAACCCCAACAGAAAUCUGUGGGAACAAGUGUGCAAUUUAAUCACUCGAAAGCAUUCCUUUGGUCUUAUGUCCGUGAAGGGCAAUUUGUAUAGUAUUGGUGGGCAUGGAAACUUCAGCCCUGGCUUCAAAGACGUCACUGUUUAUGACCCAGAGCAAGAUAAGUGGCAGAUCCUAGAAUCUGCACCCAAGAUCUUACGGGAUGUCAAAGCUCUAAGUGUAGAAGAUCGCUAUGUUUACAUAACAGCUCGUACUCCAGUGGACAGUGAUAAUGAGGACGGGCUUAGAACAAUCAACUGUAGAUAUGACAUAGAGAGCAGUAGAUGGCUGGAUGUAGAAUCUUUACCAAUCCUGGACAAUUACUGUGCAUUCCAGAUGUCAGUGGCAUGCACAAACUUCUACAAUACUGCAUCAUGCUGUCCUAAGAGCUAUUCUGUAACUGUGGAAGAGGCUCAAAGUAAAAUCUCCAGGCAAGUCUCCAAUGAGAUUCUUGAGAGCUUACCUCCUGAGGUCCUGGGCAUAGAAGGGGCAGCUAUCUGCUACUACAAGGAUGAUGUGUUCAUUAUUGGAGGUUGGAAGAACAGUGAUGACAUAGACAAGCAGUACAGGAAAGAGGCAUACAGAUAUUGUGCUGAGCGCAAGCGCUGGAUGCUGCUUCCUCCCAUGCCUCAGCCUCGGUGCCGUGCCACUGCCUGCCACGUGAGAAUCCCCUACAGAUAUCUUCAUGGCACACAGAAGUACCCCAUGCCUCCUAAUCUGAUGUGGCAGAAAGAUAGGAUCAGGCAGAUGCAAGAGUUGCAUCGGCAUACGAUGAACUUGAGACGCACUCCACGUUCCCAGAUUGAAUGCUAA